AUGUAUGGCUUACACACGCGCUGCCGCCAGCAGCGUCUCUUCACUGGCGCCUUGUUCCCGGAGACCCUCAACGGUCAGAUCGUCGCCUUUGCGCGUCGUCACAAGCUAAAGAGUGACGUGUGGGUGCCGCGCAAAGCCUUCGACACGGCACUCAAGCCCUACAAUGUGUACAUUCUGCCGAAGGCGACUCUCUGCAAUCUCACCCUCACCCCGGGUGACGGCAUGGGCGAUGUGACGGCGGCUAUCGGCGUAGACCGAUGCCUUGUGAACGCUGAGCAGACAUCCAACCAGCAUCUACUCGAGGGAUUUGUCGACUUCAUGAUGUCGUGCCUCACUCCACCUGAGCAGUGCCCCACACGCAUUCAAAACCAGUCCUUCACACCCGCUGCCGCCGCGGGUACACAGGUGGCCUGUCGCACCGCCACUGCUUUGCCAUUAUCGGGGCGCGAAGCGAGAAGGAAGAACUUCAGCGAAUACUUCAGCGCAGCCAACGGCGGCGGCGCAGAGUGCACCACUUCCUUGCUGACAGAAGCGGGGGACUCCAGCCUCUCCCCCGUUCUCCUGCCCGACCCCACCUGGGACACGUUAGCCCCCUUUCAGCACCCGCUCGCCCUGAACGGGUCACUGUUGACCGGCACCGAUACGACCGCGCAGUUGCUGAAGUGGCAACAAGAGAGUUACAGGUGGAGUAACUACUGGCGUCGUCUGCGCGGGGCAAAGGAGCGGCGGCAGAGCUUUUAUUCCGUGUGUGACACCGAAGUGCCGGGCCGGUACAACCCGCAUUUCUGUGUCUACUACGUGCCGCACACGUACACCAACAUCAGCUUCCCGCUGGCGACCGCAGUGCUGAUGCGGCACCGUGCCGUUGAACACAAGUACGUGUCGCGACUGUGGCUGACACUGAAGCAGGCAGAGGAGCGGUUCGGCACAAGUCUGCUUCCCGAACGCGCCAACGAUGAACCGGUCGUAUACUGCAAUUACUUUACCGCUGGUAUGGAGGCCACCGCCUUCUACUGCGCAGAUCAGUUCGCCGGCGGCGACAAAAUCUUCCCGACCGCGCACGAGCUCGACAUUGCGGCGAAAGGCAUGAGGCUGCCUUCCACGAAGCUGCGCGCAUACCCGCUGCUUUCCCGCCUCCUUGACCAGUACGACGAGGGGAAGACGGCCGAUAGUGCAGGUGAUGACAGACCUAGCACCGAUCAGGCAGUGACCGACGCCGGUCGACACGUGGAGUUCUUUCAGCACAGGCAGCGGUGUGGGGCCAUCCGACUGCACGGCUUCCAGAAGCCGGAGAUGGAGAAGAAUUACCUGCAAAGCACCAGGGUUGCGGGAGCCCUCGCGCGCCAGUGUCUGCUGUGUGGUUACCCCCGACCACUCUUCUUCUCUCACCGCGCGCUUCUCGCCUUCCAUCUCCGCCUACGUGAAGGUGAACAGGGCAUCGUCCAAACAAGGCUGCCGACUCGCGUGAAUAAGCUCUUGGCGUGGUGCAAAGGCGAAUGCUGGUUCAACGUGUCGCAGCUGCACGAGCCGGCAGUGGCACAGGAGCUGAUGGAUAACCCACCCGUUCACUUUCUCACACGCCAGAGUCUUCAAGGUGCUGUUGCCGUCAACUGCUGCCGUGCCCAACUUGCACGGCGAUGGGACACAGCGGCUGCUGCCGUUUCGUCGAGCUCGCCAACGUCUUCCGUUCCUGCGCGAUGCAACUUUAGUGCAGAGUGGAUCCCCGCUUACGUUCUGGAGAUGACGGGGUGGCAACUGCGGGAAGGCGCCCAAGGCGUCCCAUACGUUCCGCUCGCUGCCGGUGCCGCGUUCAAACGCUUUCCUCUCGGUGGCAACGUCCUCUUCUCCAUGGCGGACGUUAGCCUGCACAACGCUGCGAAGGACUGGCUGCGGCGCUACACCCCUGUCGACCAGGAAGGGUAUCCUUUCCUGCGCGGCGUGCGCCAGGCAAUGACGCUACGCGCCUUCGAACGGGGGUACCGGGCCCACCAGUGGCUGAUCCACCGCGUGCGCAAGAAUGGGGGCUUCUCGUCCCCCUUGCUGGCGUUGCGGGGAGCGUUCAAUCCGGUGUGUAUGUCUGCCCCUCAGCCGCUACUCGACACAUCCGCGUUCGUGAAGGCACCGUUCGUGCGAAUGGGCAACUUCGAGUUUGUGAACGUGGAGGAGGUGGCGUUGAUGAGCAGAGCGUAUCCGUGCAAUGGCGCCGCAGCGCGAGAGAGCGGCGCCGAGGAGCCUGAUGCACCGCUCCUUCAGAUGAGCAGCGGCGCGCGCCUUCAGGUGGAGUCGGGGACGGGAACGUCGGCGGAAUCCCUGAUGCGGCAUUCCGUGAGGGAGACGGACAAUACAGCAGCCUUGGGCGAUACUGUAACCUGCGACGGGUGCGACAUCCAUGAGGUGGACGACUACAGUGAAAUGGAGGACGAGGGAUGGACAAGCGGUGGCCUAUCCCCACUUCUGUACGUUCAAUAG